GUCAAAAAAUAGCGGCAACCGACAUCCGUCAACGAUAAAGAAAUUACAAAUCGAAUAGAAAUAAAAAAUAAGUCAAUUGAAAUAUUUAUUAUAAAGUUACUUUCAUCAUGUUGUUUAAACCUAAACCAGAUUCUAACAAACAAGAUCAAUUCUCUCGAUCCGAUUUAGAGAGACAAAACUUAAAAUACACGGAUUGUUCAAAACGGUUUUAUCAAGUAUCCCGCGACUUUUCCAAACAGUAUGCUCAUAUAUAUUCUGCAAGACUGAAUACUUUCAGAAAUAUUUUAGGGCCAAUAAUUAAUAAGAAGUGGUCAAAUAAAUAUAAGGUUUUAAAAUUGUGUGAUUUACGUGAGAAAGGCGCCCAGUGUGUAAUCAUUGGAACACUUUUCAAACUACAACAACUAAAGCCCAGCAUUUUGAAAGAACUCUCAGAUCAGUUAGAGAUUAUUCCUCAACCUACAAGAACUCAUUUUGUUCAUGACUCAGAUAGUCUUGUUUUAGAAGAUGAACUUCAAAGGAUCAAAUUAUCUAAUAAUUGUAUUGAUGUACAUGAGGUGGUUACUGGUGUAGUUGUUGCAAUACUAGGGUCUGAAGAUGAAGAUGGGAUUUUUACAAUCAAAGAUAUUUGUUGGCCAGAAUGCAAUAUACAAAAGCCUUUACCAAAGCUUAAUAGUGACAGAUAUGUUGUACUAAUGUCUGGUCUCAAUAUGGCAUCUAAAUCAGCUGAACAUUUAUUUUCACUGAAUCUAUUCAUUGAAUGGAUAUCUGGAUUUUGUGGUACAACAGAAUAUCAAGAAGAAAUCUCUAAGAUUGUAAGAGUUAUUAUAGCAGGUGGCGUCUUUGCAAAUCAUUCAAAUGAAGCAACAUUAAAUGAAUCAGAUGUUAUUGCAUCUGCCGAUUCAGUUGAUGCUUUUUCUGCAGCUUUAAGUGCAGUAGCUCCGGUUGAUUUAAUGCCUGGAUGCAAAGAUCCUUCAGGUAUUAUGUUACCUCAGAAGCCGUUCCACUAUUGUCUGUUCCCAAAAGCUGUGGAGUAUAAAUCAUUUAACCGAGUAUCUAAUCCAUAUGAAUGUGAUAUUGGGGGUUUCUUGUGUUUGGGUUCAUCUGGGGAACCACUUAAAGAUAUAAUGAAAUACAGCAGACUUGAUGAUGAAUUAGAAAUUAUGAGAAGGACAUUACAGUGGCGCCAUCUUGCACCUACAUGUCCUGAUACUGUCCCUUGUACACCUUGCAUAGAAACUGAUCCAUUUACUAUUUACAACUGCCCUGCAAUCUAUUUUAGUGGCAAUUGUAGAGAAUUUGCUACAGAUUUACAAAAAGGAGCUGAUGGCCAAGUUACAAGAAUAGUGUGCAUUCCGGAUUUUUGUGAUCAAAAAACUAUUGCGAUUGUUAAUUUAGCUAAUCUAGAUUGUCACAGUAUGAGUUUUUCUUAGUACUUGAAAUAAAUGUAAAUGAUGUAAUUGAUUUUUAAUAUUAUACUGAUUUUAUAUUAUUGGCCUGGUAUGGUCUAACUAGAUAAUGUUUAUAUUUUGCCAGUUGCAUGUUUAAUGUAAAUAAGGCAUUACCUUUGUAAUA